AUGCACGAGUGCCGUGGUCUCUUUACAGCCAGAAAGUUGCGUAACCUUCGUCAUGAUCAGAAAUGGCAUGACAAGCGGUACAAGAAGGCCCAUUUGGGCACAGCCUUGAAGGCCAACCCAUUUGGAGGUGCAUCCCAUGCCAAAGGGAUAGUCUUGGAAAAAGUUGGCGUUGAGGCCAAGCAGCCCAAUUCUGCCGUCAGAAAGUGUGUUCGGGUGCAACUUAUUAAGAGUGGCAAGAAAAUCACAGCUUCUGUUCUAAACGAUGGUUGCUUGAAUUUCAUAGAGGAAGACAAUGAAGUUCUGGUUGCUGGUUUUGGUCGUAAGGGACAUGCUGUUGGUGAUAUUCCUGGUGUCCGCUUCGUUGGUUAA